AUGGACUCGCUGUCUUCUGACGGGUGUGGUCCUCCAGCAAUAUGGGGGUUGUGCGGCGGGUUAACGCCCCUCCCACGAAAAAAAGACCAAGUUACGAAACCGAAACCAAGAAAGAAACGGUCCGAUCCCAAAAACGACGACCAAUGGCACGAAUUAAAGGACUUCCGAAUUGCUUCGUGGAAUGUGCGUUCCUUGUAUAGACUCGGGGCUAUCUACCAAGUUAAUAAAGAGCUGUAUCGAUAUAAUAUCGGAAUAGCAGCUCUCCAAGAGGUAAGAUGGCCGGGCCGAGGAGAAUGCAAUAUUGACAACCAAUCAGUGCUCUUUUACAGUGGUGGGGAAGAAGGAGAACAUAAAUACGGUACGGGCUUUAUGGUCGCUAAGAAAUUCAUGGGUAGUGUGCUUCGGUUUGAUGCAAUAUCUGAUAGAAUAUCAAUACUACGAGUAAAAGGCAAAUUCUCAAAUAUUUCAAUAUUGAAUGCAUACGCGCCCACUGAACUUGCUGAAGAUGAAUUUAAAGACAGCUUUUAUGAACAUCUCGAAGCGGUUUACGACCAGCUACCCAAUUAUGAUAUUAAGAUAGUCCUCGGUGACUUUAACGCAAAAAUUGGCCGGGAAGAAAUUUUUGUGCCUACCAUCGGGCGACACAGCAAACACGACCAGUCUAACGAUAAUGGUCUGAGACUAAUCAGUUUUGCUACAGCAAAAUCAACGGUUAUAAAAAGCACAAUGUUUCCCCAUAAAGAUAUAUACAAAGGUACCUGGCGAUCUCCUGAUGGCCAUACCGUUAAUCAAAUAGACCAUGUUGCAAUCGAUGAUAGGCACAAAAAUACAAUCCAAGAUGUUAGGUCGUACAGAGGCGCCGACUGUGAUAGCGACCACUACAUGAUUGGUAUUAAAUUAAAAUGUAGAAUAAAAUCAAAUAAGAUAACUACAAAAGUACACACACCAUUAUUAAACAUAGACAAUUUAAAAGAUAAACGACACAGAGAGAAAUUCCACAUAGAACUAAGCAAUAGAUUUAAAGACUUGAUGAUUGAGGACAUAGAGACGGGGUGGGAUAGAAUAAAGAACACGGUAAAAGAAGUUGCAACAACGGUAAUUGGUACAAAGAAGAGGAAGAGAAGAAAGAAAUGGUGGAAUCAACAAUGUGAAAAAGUGGUGGAACAAAGAAGAAAAUAUAAAAUCUUAGCAAACCAGGAAGACAGAUGGCAGACCAAAUAUGACGAACUGAGGAUAGAGGCCAAAAGACAAAUAAAAAGGGCUAAAAGACAACAUCUUAACGACAUCGUUCAUGACAUGGAGCGACUUAUAAAGGCAGGCGAGACCAGAAAGUUCUAUCAGGAGAUUAGAGAAGUGAGGAGGGGAUAUCAGCCGGAUACACAAAUGCUAGAAGACGAUCAUGGUAACUUAGUCACAGACAAAGAUGUCGUUAAGUGCAUGUGGCGAGAUUACUUCCAACAGCUGCUCAAUUGCCCCCCACCGACAGAGCCGAUUAUCCAACUAGCCGAUGACAAUCAGGAGGAACUGGGACCGCUCACCUUCUUUGAAGUUCGUAGGGCGAUAAUGAGGCUUAAAAACAACAAGGCCCCAGGUGUGGAUGGAAUACCAGCUGAAUUAUGGAAAUAUGGUGGAAGCGCUGUACAGUCCAAAAUGUUCGAACUCCUGGAAAAAGUGUGA